AUGAAAGAAGAAAAUAAUACAGAAAUAAGUAAUGCUAAAGAAAAAUCUUCUAUACCAUCAAAUAGAGGCAUUUGGUAUUAUCCAUCAAAAAACCAGUUCUACAACACAACGAGAAGAAAAGGAUAUUCCUUUUCCAGAGAAGAGCUUGAUGUUGCUUUGAAAAUUCAUAAUGCCGUAAAUGAAGAAACAUGGAAAAAAAUAAUGAAAAAAGAACAAAAAUAUUUUGAUAUAUGUAAAGAACAGAAGCUUAUAAGAUUUAUAGGGCUACCUACCAAAUUAUCGCUUAAAGCAUUUAUGUUAACCCUGAUUGGGUAUAGCAGACCAUUUGAUAGACAUGACUGGUACAUUGAUAGAUGUGGAAACACAAUCAAAUACAUAAUAGAUUACUAUGAUGGAAAAAGUGAUAACAAUGCUCCUGUUUCAAUCUUUAUUGAUGUCAGACCAGAAUUCAGUUACAACAACAUAAUAGACCAUUUGAAAAUACUAUAUAUCAAAGUUUGUAAAUUUUUUUUUAAUUAA